GGAGAGAGUAUAGAGAACCCUUUUACUUAAGCGUAAUUGUAAAUAAAUCGUCCAUCCCAUUAACCAUUUACACACCGUUAUUGGUUCGUGCGUUCGUUCGUUCGUGCAAGCUGUCAAUCGAACGCAUAUCGUGGUUUCUCCCUUUUCUUUUCUUUUUUAGUUUCUGUCUCCUAUUUGUCGUCUCUUAUCUUACCUUAUCGGGUAUCUCGAGGCUUUCUUUUUGCUCAACACAUGUCACACGCUUUGUGUUCCCCUUUCAAUGUUAAUGUUCUAUGCUGUUUCUCCAAAACAACCCCCCUGUCCCCAUCAUCGAUGACCAUCAUUCACGUACAACGAGAGUAGCUAAACGGGAAACGGAAAAAUAUCAUUAAAGCAAAAGUAAUAUAAUACAAUAAUUAUAUAUAUAUUGAAGCUCCCCAUCCCCAUCCGCCUCACAUAUAUAUCCCUGUUGAACAUGUUCAUGCAUCGCUGCGCUAGCUUUUUACAGCCAUAGUAGACACCGACAGACACAAACACAGAGACAGGACACCAUCAGGGAAUGUGCUCUGUAUGGCCAUCCUGUAGCCUAGCUCUCGUAAUCUCGUAAUGCGCCAUGCUCGCACAUCAUCAUCAUCUAUCCUAAUCAUCUCGCGAACCCUUUUACUCCUUCGCGGUAGCUUCGGCUUCAUCCCUAGUGCUUCACCAAUAGCGUACUACUUGCAAUAGCGAAACCACCGGUGGCCACCGUUACUAAGUCCCCCGCUCUCCCUUUUUGCCCAGGAAAGUCGUGCAGAGAAACUCAGUAAACUUAGCGAACGUGAUUCUGUCCAAUAAACCGAACCGGUAACGGUAAACGAGAUGACUGGGUUGCGAUGGCAACCGCAGAGCCAGGAAUCCUAGAUGACGACCACGUCCAGUGAAUGGUAGUGACAGGCAGUUAGCCAGCCGGAGAGAGAGAGAGAGUCCAAAUUGAUCCGAAAUGUUAACAGAAAAAAGCUCUAAGAUAAAAUAAAGUAAAGCAAACAAAAGGGCAAGUAAUAGAUUAGUGGACAGUGCGCCAGGGCAGCAACCAAAUGGAAAACAAAAUACAUACACAACCGGUACCGGAAGUACGAAAUCACUAAACAAUCAGAUGAAAGCAGGUUUUAAAAAGGCUGAAGCUGAAGGAACUCGCUACUGGAUGGGAUGGAGAAAAGGAAGGAAACAAGGUAAAGCAAUGUGUGGGCACACCGGGUGAUGGUUUUGAGUAGACGCAGUAGAAAAUUGUAAAAAAAACACACAAAACCUGUGGUCAUCCCGGUGUGCACCGGUGGCAAUGAUAUCAGAGGAGCACGGGCGUGAGUAGUUGAAGGAUUAUUCUAUUAAUCCCUUUUAGCAGAAAAACCGCGAUGGUCCGAUAGAGCUCGCUUUCAUCGACACUUUACUCCCGGAAGCAUAGAAACAGAAGCAGAGACGAUUCCGAUCCAGACAGAAUUGAGCAGAGAUAGCAAUGGGCAACUCGCCGUCGCGCCGUCGAGUGAAGAACGGGGGAAACAGAGAGGAGGUCUUUUGUUUUUCGCUAAAUUCCGGUUCCAGAAAGCGCAGAACAGAAACCCAUGAGUGAAACAUUGACCGAACCGUAAACUGUACAGAUUUCUUCUUGUUUUUUUUUUUUUAUUUUUGUAGGAAGCAUUUUUGGGAAGCUCUGUUCUUUUUUCCACUGCGCUCUGUGUACUGCAUGAGGGAGAAGUACACUAACAACUUUCUAUUCGAUUUCAAUUCGGCUCGAACAACAUAACCGACACAAGGGAGAGGGGAAAGAGGGGUAACACAGAUGGUAGCGAACCGCCAACCGGCCGCAUAGUUUGCCGGGAGCGGGGUUUAGGGCUGGUUUGGGUUAGAUCACCUAGCUUUUAAAUGGGAUGCGGAAGUGAGAACGGAAGUGAUCUUCUCCAUAUAUUAUUAUAUACAAGACAAAACACACUAGCCAUAAGCGACACGCGAACAUGACAAACAUUUUAUCAAACCGCCCUCGAUCGCCCUCCGCGGAAAAUGCUUCGACGGAGAUGAGAUGGGAUAAGCAUCAUGCAUGGAGGCAACCAUCAGCAAUCAUGUACACUACACAACCACACUGACAAAACACAAAAACACAUACACACUGAAACACGUUAAGG